AUGGACACUCCAAAAUUACCCAGCCAAACAGAGAAGGGUCGGAAAACGUUGACAACGGAACAAAAGCGGGCCAUGUGUCAAUACCACGAAGAGAACCCCGGAACGAGACAAGCAGAUAUAGGACUGAGAUUUGGGGUCGAACGAAGCACUGUUUCAAAAGUUCUGAGGCACAAAGACCAGUAUCUCAGACGAGACCAAGAUCUGGAUCCUGCCGCCCUUAAAAGAAAUGGCAAAGCUAAGAAUCCCGACUUUGAUAGAACGCUCAGCAAUUACGUUCGUCGACAGCAACAAAGUGGGUUUGACAUCAAAGACGAAGAGAUAUUGGAGCAAGCUCGCCUAUUUGCGCAUGCUAGCGGAAAUCAGGACGCUGUCCUCGGAGGUUUAACCAGCAGCUGGCUGCAAAAGUUCAAACAAAAGCACGGCAUCGGUACAUUGCGGCUUUCCCGGCGAGCAUCUGAGACGAAUAUUCCCGAUGGUACGCGCAUGCCUGAGCACAACAUUGUGAGAAAUGGGGCGACAUCGAAUGAAAUUUCGCCCGCGUCACCGACUCAACCACUAUCGCCUUUGUCGGGGAAUCGGAGUGACGAAGAAGUUAAACGAGAACACAACAUCGAUUUUGAUUUUGCCUAUAGACAGCAUCCGCAAACAACAUCACUUUCUACUGACAUUCGAGAUAAUUCUGGGUCGUCGUUUUCCGGUGGCCCCCUGAGUCCAACCGGAACGUUUAACUUCUCCCCUGAUCCUAACGUUGGGGGCUUUCAACCGUUAGGAGUUCGCACAGAGAUGCCACCUGAAUUCCAUCGGGAGAAACGAAGCAACACUUUUCCUUCAAUAGAUGUCAACUAUGGGAAUCAACCAACCCCGGCAACGGAACCCAUGACACCGCAACUUCCUCAGCCAACAACGACGCCGUCCUCAGCUCUCAACUCACCAGCAAAUGAUUGUCAAACAGUACCUUUUGCUAUCAAUACUGGACUGACGUCACCGCCAGCUUUGCAUCGAAGUAGCAGCAGCUCAAGCAUCGCGCCUCGAUCUUCCAGCAUAUCUUUGGCAAACACGGGCGCCUCCAUGACACCUGUCGACACAUCCCCCGUGUCACCAUCCCAAGAAGAUGCUCGACGGGCUGCGAACACAUUGCUUAGCUAUCUUCAGAAUAUGAGCUCCAACGGGCAACUAUUCCAAGCCAGUGACUACCAAGCCAUGUUACAGCUUACAAAGAAGCUGGAGAUUCAUCAACAUCAGAGCAACCGGCCAUCUGCAGGGGGACUAUCGAGGAUACCAGAGGGCGAUAACGAAAUGACAGUGUCAGGCCCUGCGAUGAUGCAGGCAAGUUAA